UCCGGCGGCGAGCUGGUUUUCGCUUCCGGGUGGUACUCUCCUGGCGCGUUCUGGAAGCACAGUGGUUGCCAUGGAGGUACUGGGCGAGUACGUUGGGUUGGACGGGCAGCGGCAGCAGCUACGGGUGCCUUGUGAGGCGCCGGGCGACGACGGCGACCCUUUUCGGGGCCUAUUGUCCGGCGUGGCCCAGAUGAGAGAGCUGGUGGCCGAACUCUUGGGCCCCCUGGAACAGCGGGAAGCGCGGAGCAGGGUGGCGGUGGCUCCAGACGAGGCCUUGGACGGUGAUGAUGAAGAUGAUGCAGAAGAUGAAAAUAACAUUGAUAACAGAACUAACUCAGAUGGACCAUCUGCAAAACGGCCAAAACCACCAUCUUAACAAUAGCUUUUAUGAGUUUUAACAGACUGCUGCCACACUCACUUCGGCAGCACAUACACUGAAUUGGAACAGUAUGAAGAGGAUUAGCAUGGCCCCUGCACACACAAAUGCACGAAGCGUUCCAAAAAAAAAAAGACUGCAACUCUAUCUUAGUUAUCACUGACAUUUAAGGAAGACUUCUGUUUUAAUUUGUUUUGUUUCCCUGGGACACUUUUGUUAAAGAAAAGCAAACUUUAUUCUGUUUCCAGCCAAGAAAGAUACAAUAAAUGUUUAGAAAUCAA